CCGGCCCUGAGCUCGCCUGGCCUCGCCUCGCGGCGGGCGCCCUCGUCGCCAGCGGCGAACCAUGGACGGGCUGCCCGGUCGGGCGUUGGGGGCUGCCUGCCUUCUGCUCCUGGCGGCCGGCUGGCUGGGGCCCGAGGCCUGGGGCUCCCCCACGCCCCCGCCGUCGCCCGCCGCCCCGCCGCCGCCCCCGCCGCCGGGAGCCCCGGCUGGAUCGCAGGACACCUGUACGUCGUGCGGCGGCUUCCGGCGGCCGGAGGAGCUGGGCCGGGUGGACGGCGACUUCCUGGAGGCUGUGAAGCGGCACAUCUUGAACCGCCUGCAGUUGCGGGGCCGGCCCAACAUCACGCACGCCGUGCCCAAGGCCGCCAUGGUCACAGCCCUGCGCAAGCUGCACGCGGGCAAGGUGCGCGAGGACGGCCGCGUGGAGAUCCCGCACCUCGACGGCCAUGCCAGCCCGGGCGCCGACGGCCAGGAGCGCGUCUCCGAAAUCAUCAGCUUUGCGGAGACAGAUGGCCUUGCUUCCUCCCGGGUCCGCCUGUACUUCUUCGUCUCCAAUGAAGGCAAUCAGAACCUGUUUGUGGUGCAGGCCAGCCUCUGGCUUUACCUGAAGCUCCUGCCCUAUGUCCUGGACAAGGGCAGCCGGCGGAAGGUGCGGGUCAAAGUGUACUUUCAGGAGCAGGGCCAUGGUGAGCGGUGGAAUGUGGUGGAGAAGAAGGUGGACCUCAAGCGCAGUGGCUGGCACACCUUCCCCCUCACGGAGGCCAUCCAGGCCCUGUUUGAGCGUGGUGAGCGGCGCCUCAACCUGGAUGUGCAGUGUGACAGCUGCCAGGAGCUGGCCGUGGUGCCUGUGUUUGUCGACCCUGGGGAAGAGUCACACCGGCCCUUUGUGGUGGUGCAGGCUCGACUGGGUGACAGCAGGCACCGCAUUCGCAAGCGGGGCCUGGAGUGUGAUGGCCGGACCAGCCUCUGUUGCAGGCAACAGUUCUUCAUUGACUUCCGGCUCAUUGGCUGGAACGACUGGAUCAUUGCACCAACCGGCUACUAUGGGAACUACUGUGAGGGCAGCUGCCCAGCCUACCUGGCGGGGGUCCCUGGCUCAGCCUCCUCCUUCCACACGGCUGUGGUGAAUCAAUACCGCAUGCGUGGCCUGAACCCCGGGCCUGUGAACUCCUGCUGCAUCCCCACCAAGCUGAGCUCUAUGUCCAUGCUCUACUUUGAUGAUGAAUACAACAUCGUCAAACGGGACGUGCCCAACAUGAUCGUGGAGGAGUGUGGCUGUGCCUGACAGAGGCAGCCAGGGGUCUGGCAGCUGCAGGGUGGAGGUCAGUCCCAAUGGGCUUCUUCUGGCCCCUGUGAGAACAGGAGGUGAAAGUGGGCUGAGCGUGGUCCUCCUGUUGGGUUGCAGAGUACCAGGGUGAGGCUUGAAAAAAUUUUCUACUCUUCCAUAGAUCAACCAGUCAAAACCAGAGGGAGACCCUCCUCCAUUGACACGAGAGACUCAACUGCACCUAUAGACAUGCACAGCCAGACCCUUCCCGCCACCUACACGGCAGCCUCCAGGAUACCAGCAAACGGAUAUGGUGACAAAUGGCAUCUUAGCUACUAAUGCCUGUCAGUUGGAGAGAAUGGGGUGAGCAGCCUCCAUUCCCACCAGCUGGCCCAGCAACUCUGAAUCGCGCCUUCUGAGCACAUAUAAAAGCACAAAGACAAGAGACACUGAGAGAGGGAGGG